UUGGCUGCGGUCGUCGUGGUUCGGGAAAUGUGACCGCUUCGAAACUUGUUGGUUGUCACGUGUCUUUCGUGUCCCGUCAGAAUUCCCAGUUUCGCGAUACUUCGAAUCGUAAUAACGAUUUCUAAUGUUUCGAAACGAGACGUGAUCGCAAUUUACGAAACUUCUUACCAAGUGUCGUGUCAAAAUAAGGUUAUUUAGAUUUAAAUAGAAGCAUCCAAUUGUAAAUUAAAUUCUCGCAGUUCAAACGAUCGAAAGAUUCUCGGAAAGGAACGUGCGAAUAUAAAUUAUGUAAUUUUCAUAUUUUAUAAGUUAUGCUAGCACGUUAUCUUCCUUUUUUUGCGCUUAGAAAAAGCACCGGCGGAACGUAUCCCUUUGAUCGUUACGAUUCCAAGUAUUUCAUCAAUUGCUCGAAAAAUUGGAAAUUUCGAACGUAUGUCGGCAGAGUCGGUAGUUGUCAAUUUGGAGAACAGUAUUUAUUUGCGAAAAUGUGUAAAUGGAAAUUUUGUUGAAAUGGAAGGGAACGUAUCAUAUUUGUACAAUUUUUCAUUUAUAAAAGGAACAAGUGACUAAUUAUUUUCGUAAUAAUAGAAUAAAAAAAAAAAGGAAAAACGCAGUACUAUUUCUUUUUAUGUUGGUAAUAUAGAACGCUUUUCAUUACAACUUUGUCAUUCCUCUUAUUUUUAUUCGUUUUUCAUUUGAUUUUUUAUUCGAUAUAAUUGUUAAAAUCGAGGUUACGAUUAUGAGGAACUGUCGGCGUUCAUCGUAACAGUUCUAGAAGUGAAAAUUAGUGAGAUGUUAAUAUUCUUAGGGCAAGUAGUUUCAUAAAGUCCGUUCGCGUGUUCCAUUUACACGCACGAUUAAACAAGACGAGGAUGCAAUUAGAUUUCGAAUAGAUUUUCAUAGCGCGUUAGUUAAUCGAUGUUAACUGAUCGUAGCAACGUACAUACUUGAGAUGCUUCGACCUAUAUUCCACGUUUAUAGGAGAUAAAUGGAACAGUCAUACAAAGAGGCAACGGGGCGAAAGUAUAUAUCACUCGACAAUAUAAUUGGUUCUAAAAUAAGGAAAGAUUUGAUAGUAAAUUGAAAACGUUUUGCUCUUUUUAUUACGAUCGUUUCAAACGUUAGUACCACGUAAUUUGAUCCUUUGAUCUAUAUUUACGAACUCUUCGUUUCCAAUAAACUGUGAUAAUUCUCGUAAAUCGUUAUACGAUUAUUAUUAGACGGCGCGCGAUCAAACAACGGCGCGAUUCAAAUUAAAGACACGUUCGUAGCAACUUGAAAUAGGAGAAGACGAUUAUAAUGUACGAUAGGUUAAGUUAGGUCAGGUAACAAGUUUAGUCAGCUUUUUCGUAAAGGAACGUCCGAAAUUGGAAUUUGUUUAAACACGAAUCGAAUAUACGUAUGAUGUAUGAUACUAUUCUAUUCUAUUAUUUUUUGCAAGUGUACCAAACAGUUUGUUUACCUUGACCAUUACAAAAAUGUUCACUUUCGCAUCAAAGAAUUCUAAAUUUCAUGAAACGAUCCUAUAAUUUUCACUAAACUCUCAUAGUGCUCGCUGUCUUCUGUUACUAUCAAUAGUCAACAUGGUCAACUCCACUCGUUAUUGAUUUUUUAAUUUCAUUAUGUACGCGAUUAAUAAUCAAUUCUCGAGAAACGAAUAAUCUAUUUCCCUAAGAAUAUGACACGGAUAAUAGGGAAUUUAGGAAACAACGUUUGCAGCAUCAUUUCCUGUACUUUUCGAUUGAUAAAAUUAAUUAGCAUAAAUUGAUCAGUUCAGAACAACUUAAAUGAUACACUUACAAGCCACAUCUACUUAUUCAUCCAUUAUAUUAUAUUACAUUAUUAUAUUAUUAUAUUCGUGAAUACUAUUUAUUCAUCCAUUGCGGAAAUAUAAGAAACGUUUCUUCGUUAACCAUGAAAAUAUAACUAGAUAUAUUGUCAGAAAAACAUAACCUACUUAGUUGCCUUAACGCGACCACAGGGGUUCGAAGGAGGCUGAGCAUAUUAAAUUGGAAUCGGCCGUCUCGAAGGAAUGACAAGUACGUGGUCAAGACGAAAACCCUCGCGCACCGUGGGUGGGACGACUGAUUACCGGUUUGGCUAGAAACUGUCUGUUCGCAUAGAACUACUUGGCGGUCACGAACAAGCAGUUUAUAAUGUCACAUAAUACCAUCGCGUCAACGAAAUCCACGGUUGCCUGCAAGUUAAAGGAAACCGUAUCCAACGGUCAUUCAACGUGGCCGGCGUUUCUUUUACGAUCCCCUAUGGAUUUUCUCUGGUUAUCAUCGACGUCGAUCGGGGAAUUCGGUACUGUAAUUGACGUCUCGAAUUCGCGAAUUUUCGUUGGUCCGAUCGUCAAAUUACCGACGUAAGAAGGUUACCGACCAAACCGUUCCGAUGACACCGAGACGUUCGGUAAUACGUUUCACGUACCCUUCGCCUGUAAAUAUGUAACAUUAAGAUGCGCGUUCGUGCUGCGGAAAUUGUGGCGCGAUACAGUGUGCGAGUGUAUUAUGUGCGCUUAACGUAAAAACGCAAGUGAGAGAGUAAGGUGGAUUCGCAAAGGAUAAAACAGGCGCACGAUGGACAAUCGACACUAACAGAAGCAUCAUCGCGCGCUCGUGUGACAGGAGGCGGGGCAAAAUACACGGUUGGAAAUUGUUCCUGGCGCAGCAAGGGACGAAAAUGUUGUCCACGGUGUCCAGUGUCCCGCUCGAAUUAAAUUCUUCGUGUUGCACAACCGUUACUGGAAACAACGGUCUCAAUGCGUUAUCGGUGAUCAAGACUGAAAAUACCACUGAUCUUUACAUGUUACCGGCUUACAUCCGCACGACGUCCAUGAUCGCCUGUAUUGUGGUGAUGGUUCUCGGCAUAAUAGGGAAUCUCAUGGUACCGAUCGUGGUGUUUCGGGGUAAAGACAUGCGGAACAGCACGAACAUCUUUCUGGUGAACCUUAGCGUGGCCGACCUCUGCGUUCUUUUGAUCUGUACACCGACCGUUCUUGUUGAGGUGAAUUCUGGACCUGAAAUCUGGCUGCUUGGCGAACACAUGUGUAAAGCGGUACCAUUUGUAGAAUUGACUGUGGCACACGCUUCGGUUCUAACGAUCUUGGCGAUCAGUUUCGAGCGGUAUUAUGCAAUUUGCGAGCCCCUACGGGUUGGGUAUAUGUGCACGAAGGCCAGAGCGACGUUUCUUUGCUUCGUCGCGUGGAUUGCGGCGGCGCUUUGCACCAGCCCCAUUCUACUGAUGGUCAAGUACGAAGAGGAAGAAAACUCGAACGGUACGUACAUUCCGACCUGCAGCACAGUUGCAAAUUCAUUCUGGCCGAUCAGCUUCGUUCUGUUCACGAUAAUCGUGUUCUUCGUGAUACCACUGCUGAUCCUUGUGGUUCUGUACACGGUGAUUGCACGACAUCUGAUGACGAACUCGACGAUUAGCCGUGGCUCGUCCAAUAACUUGCUCAAAUAUCGCAAGCAGGUGAUGCUGAUGCUAGGGACAGUGGUGUUUUGUUUCUUCCUAUGCUUGUUACCAUUUAGGGCACUGACACUUUGGAUCUUGGUCGUUCCAAUUAAAGUAAUCCUCGACUUUGGUAUCGAGCGCUACUUCACCCUGCUCUAUUUCUGUCGAGUGAUGUUCUAUCUGAACUCUGCCAUUAACCCUAUCCUCUACAAUCUGAUGUCCACGAAAUUCAGGGAAGGUUUUCUCAGGGUUUGUGGUCUGGGCCCCAAUAGGAAGAAAAAGAAAAAAACGUCGGACAAAACUGGUACUUAUACUACUGGCUCGACCAAUUGUAGUAGCAAUCAGUCUGAUUUCUGGAGGAGACAUAGCAGUAAUAAGAGCAACAGCGUUAAGGCACCCUGCAACAACACGACCGCGGAGAAACAGGUUAAAGUGCCACUUCAGACAACGGUUGUUAGUGGAAGUAUCGUCAGGAAGAAACAGGAGAGUUAUGUUUGAAAGGAUAAAGUGGGAAUAUGACGAGGAUAAUUUCUAAGACUGUGAUCUUUCGAACCAUUCCAUGAUAUCGUAGCAUAGUCGGUGGAAGAGAUAUGGUAAUGAAGUUGUAAAUUAAAGACUUCAGUGUUAGCAUCUACUAAUAGUGUUGUGUUUAGGGCUGUAUAUAGGAUAAUUUCCUUGCUAGUUGAUUGCAUGCUGCCAAUCGCACUCGUCUUCAUUUUCCAUACCUGCUCUCCUUAAUUUAAAUGUACUAUUUAUCAUUUUCAAACUGAUACCGACUUGGCUAUAUCAAUUCCACUGAUUAUACUACUUAACGUCGUUCGUAUUCGUAUGUGGAUUGUAUAUUGUACAUAUAUACAGACUUUUUUCGAAAUCGUAGUUUCAAUAACAUUUAUUUUAAUUCUUUACAAAUUGUUGAAAAUGUCGCUCUUGGUGCCGCAGACAGAUUUUUAUUCGACAAAUCCUAUACUAUCCUUUUUUCCAUGGUCCCCAAGAUUAUCCCAUCUUUUACGUCUUAUAUCUUACAUCCCGUAUUCAAUAUCAUCCAGCCCAUAACCAAUUGACAUUACCGGGUGAAACCGGACCACCGGACUGAGAUGACUGAAGAAAACAAACUUCAUUAUGGUUCUGAUUUCUAUAUUUUACAUUUUGUACACAUUCUUUGAGUUUUCUGUUACGUCUAAGUUGAAAGAGUAGAAUUAUUCAACUUACCACGAUUUCGGAAACAUUCUGUAUUUUAUAGAAACACUAUUUAUUAAAAACUAACCUAAAAGAAAUUUAAAAAUGCUAGAAUCAUUUAUUUAAUAUUAAGUACCGACUAUCUGAUAGUCUAUUUCAAUUAUUUGUACCUUCAAUAGCGUGAGAAAGAGAUCUAAAAAUGCUUAUGUUAUUCAUUACCAAAAAAAAAAACAUUAAUCCACAUAAGAUUAUGAACGAUAUAUUAGGAUCGAAUUAUCGUUGCAUAGAAUUUUGGAAUCUGUGAUCACUAAUUAUAUAACCGUGUACCGAGUAAGUAUUAGAACAAAGAUGAAACAGUUGUGUCUUCGAAUUGAAGAAAAACUAAAGAUAAGCUAUACGAUAGAUAAAAUUGAUUAAUGUUUAAGAACCAAAAGGGAUCUUAAAAAGAUCUUCUCUUUCAUGUUAACCAAGAUUCGUGUGAUUUGCCAAAAUUGUUUGUUCUAAUUUCUUUAGUGAAUUUUCAUCUUUAUAAAUGUACAAAAUGACAAAUUAAGUUUCUACGGAAAUUAAGUUCCUAU